GCACGCCGGGGAAAGGCGCAGUUCUCCCGCCCCUACACGCAAUCAGUGAACCACCGCCGCCAACGUCACCCAACACCUGUCUGCUGCCCUUCUCUUACGGCGCAUGCGCAGCGAGCGUCUUCCGCUGGUACUACAGCCAGGAGUCCCGGCGCUGCGGCAUCUUCAUCUUCAGCGGAUGCGGAGGCAAUUCCAACAACUACGACAGCAAGCAGACGUGCGAGGCUGCGUGCGCAACAUCUGGUAGCGGUGGCGCUGGCAGCGGCGGUGAGACUCAAAGCGACGGAUUCCACCAGGGCUGUGAAGACGCUCCAUGCCGCAACGGCGCCACCUGUGUAUCCGCCGGUACUUCCGGUCCGUUCACGUGUAUUUGUCGCGCAGGCUACGCCGGCCUGCGAUGCACACAGUACAUCGGCGGCAACAGAGGGAACAUUUGUGACACAAAUCCUUGUCAGAACGGCGGAAGGUGCCUGAGCUCCAGCCCCGUGCACUAUACAUGCGCCUGCCAACGAGGCUACCGUGGCGCCACCUGCCAGAUCAUUAGAGUCGGACCGGAUCCGUGUCGCUACUUCGUCUGUCUGAAUGGCGGGAGAUGCUACACGACUGACGGAGCGACACCGCGGUGUUCAUGCGCCACAGGCUUCGGUGGCUCCACCUGUAACGCAAAUAUGGACCCUUGUCGAUCUAAUCCGUGUCAGAAUCGCGCCACCUGCAUCAAGGAAUGGGGCCAUAAGUUCUACUGUGUCUGUCCGUGGGGAUACGUGGGCAGGUUGUGCCAAAUACGUAGACCAGGCGUCGGUAUUGGAUGCGAUCCGAACCCGUGUCUGAACAACGCACGCUGCAGUGAGAAUGGCGACGACUUCCGGUGUUCGUGUCGCAGUGGCUGGACAGGAAAACUCUGCGACGACCCCGACAUCUGUGCUUCGUCGCCGUGUAAGAACGGAGGAACGUGCGUACCGCACUCCUGGGGAACGAGGUUCAGAUGUGACUGCAGCGAGCACACCGCGACCUACUACUGCGAGUCAAGGUGA